AUGCCCAAGGGAAAAGGACCACAAGGGAAAAGGAUCACCUUGAAAGUGGCCAAAAAUUCAAUGCGGGUACUUUUUAAUGGAAGGCGCCGUAUUGAGUUAAGCAAAAUGGGCAUUGCCGUCUUCCCCAAGUGCCUUCUGGAGCUGGCUGAUGUGGAGGAAAUUGACUUGAGCAGAAACAUGUUAAAAAAGAUUCCAAACACCAUUGAGAAGUUCCAGAAUCUGAUGUGGCUGGACCUGCACAGUAACCAGAUUGAUGAGCUGCCUGCAGCUAUAGGCACACUUCGCAACCUUACUUACCUGAAUUUAUGCAACAACAAGCUGACCACAAAAGGCCUACCAGAAGAGCUGACCCUUCUCAGGAACCUGCGUACCCUCAACCUUGGCUUAAACUGUCUUGAGAGUAUUCCCACCACUCUUGGGUCCCUGAAGGAACUUAUUGAGCUAGGUCUCUUUGACAACUCCUUGACCAUCAUCCCGAAGAGUGUGAAAAAGCUCCCCAAGAUUGAGAGAAUGAAUGUAAAAAGAAACCCUUUACCAGAGUUUGCGAAGGAAGAAGAGCCAAUUGACACCAUUAAACGCAUAGAAUCGCUUUACUUAGUAGAAAAGAAAGACCUGUGCAAUUCCUGCCUGCUGACCUGUCAGGGUGAGAGGGACGAGCUGCACAAGUUAGAGAACAUGACGCCUGGCCCCUCAGAGAAGCCAGAUUUCACUUCACUCACUACACCCAAUUCUACUGCAAUAGAUAACCAAGAAGAAUGGAGAGUAAAAGAUGACAAUCCUGAAAAUAUACCAAGGCAAUCUACAGACCAUGCUCCAUGA